AUGCUCGAGACGGUCAACACCACUGGGAUGCAGGGCUUCAACAAGUCUGAGCGGUGCCCCAGGGACACUCGGAUGACACAGCUGCUGUUCCCAGUGCUCUACACUGUGGUCUUCUUCACAGGCAUCCUGCUGAACACCCUGGCCCUCUGGGUGUUCAUCCACAUCCCCAGCAAUUCCACCUUUAUCAUCUACCUCAAAAACACCCUGGUGGCAGACUUGAUAAUGACACUAAUGCUCCCUUUCAAAAUCCUUUCUGACUCGCGCCUUGCACCCUGGCAGCUCAGGGGUUUCGUGUGCACUUUCUCAUCCGUGGUCUUUUACGAGACGAUGUAUGUCGGCAUCAUGAUGCUGGGUCUCAUCGCUUUUGACAGAUUCCUCAAGAUCAUCGUACCGUUUAGGAAAACCUUUGUGAAGAAGACUGCUUUCGCAAAAAUAGUCUCCAUUUCCAUCUGGCUCCUGAUGUUCCUCAUCUCCCUGCCGAACAUGAUCUUGAACAAAGAGGCAACGGCAUCAACCGUGAAGAAAUGUGCGUCCCUAAAGAGUCCCCUGGGGUUGCUGUGGCAUCAAGUAGUCAGUCACACAUGCCAGUUCAUUUUCUGGACUGUGUUUAUUCUGAUGCUUCUGUUUUACACGGUGAUUGCCAAGAAGGUAUACGACUCCUAUAGGAAGUUUAAAAGUAGGGACAGCAAGCACAAGCGGCUGGAGGCGAAGGUAUUUAUCGUCAUGGCUGUCUUCUUUGUCUGCUUUGCCCCGUUUCAUUUUGUCAGAGUACCAUACACCCACAGUCAAACCACCAACAAGACUGACUGUAGAUUAGAAAACCAGCUGUUUCUUGCUAAAGAAUCAACUCUCUUCCUGGCAACAACUAACAUUUGUAUGGACCCCUUAAUAUAUAUCAUCUUGUGUAAGAAGUUCACCCGGAAGGUGCCAUGUAUGAGAUGGAGGACAAAGACAGCGGCGUCCAGCGAUGAGCACCACAGCAGUCAGACAGACAACAUCACCCUAUCCUGACCACUUUGUCCCACAGGCUAAUUUCACACAUUUUUCUAUGUGAGGAUAGGACUUCAAAAGGCCAUUUACGUGGAGACUUCAUUUAAGCAUUACAGGAAAAAAAAAGAGGGGAACAAACAGUUUCCUACAUUUUAUUAUCCUCGUGUACGGAAAAGAUUAUGCCCAUUUUAACCACGUAGCUGUAUUUGCAAGCAGGAUGAAUUAACAUUAAGAGAACGUGUAAUAAAGCAAAUGACCACUAGAUGUCACCUUUUCAA